AUGACAAAGUUACGUAUGCCCUUAACUGAGCCCGUAACUUACCACGUAAAGCAAAAAUUUACGAGAGUUCUAAGUGCGUACCAUGCAACACCAGUAAGUGCACCAGUCAUGAGUACUUAAGUGACGUUUUAUGCAACUGGGCCCAGAUCUCUAAGGCUGAUUUGCUAAAGGUAGGGAAGAAUCUGACGUAGGAUUUCGAAUUCAUUUACAUUUUUCGUAAAAAGGCUAUUUUGAAUAUACCUACGCCGAUAUCUCAAAUGUGUUUAUACUUACAAGAAAAUAAAUAAAGAUUUCUUAAAGUUUCACUAUUUUUUAUUAAGAAUACCAAAAAUCAUAGAAAUCGGUUCGAUUCUUCCUGCGAAAACGUCAUUCAGUCAAAAACAUAACCAACGCGCAUAUAGUAGGUUCGGGCCACGUUAAGGUCAAGUCGCCGAUUAUUCAGGUUAUGGUUAUCAAGGAGUAAAUCGCAGAGAACUCAAUAGAUUUACUGCAAGUAAUCAUAAAAUUGUGGGUAUGCCAAUGCCCAAUUUAUAGUACGUUCAUUACGUUAGGAUGAAGUAUCAGUAUUUACUCGCAGUACAUUAGUUACGAUUACGAUUAGUUUUGAUUUUAAAAAACGUGAAAGCGUCAAAGGACCAAAACUAUUCGUUACAAUUUAAUUUUAGGUUUAUUCAACAGAACAAAGUGAUAGAGGUCAAGAAAUGCCCCUCCCCUGUAACAAUUUUUAUCUUGGAAGUAUUAAAUCACAACUGGCUGCACUCCGAGGCUUGCUAAUGGGGAAUAAAACAAAAGAAAUCAUCUUGAAGCUCAGUUAGUAAUGAAGAAUACAUUUUCUUUUUUGUUUUAUUCCCACAAGCCUCGUAGCUAAGUGUGAAUUUUAAUUUAUCGAAGUUGGUCUGUUUUGUUGUUCUUCUGACGCAUCCAUGAAAAUUUCUCCUGAGGCAAACUCACCUUGGGGAAACCGGUCACACACAAAAAGCUGCUUCCCCAUGGGCAAUAGCCAAUUUCCCUUUGGUAAAAUGGCUAGUGUAACCACACCUGUUGUUUUCGUAUUUUUUGGCCUCUGUCGCCUCUGUGUCAUUUCUUUUCCCGUUAAUUUUUCGUCGAUGGACUGAAGAAAGUUUCGUUAUUUUCGCAAUUUUCGUUGGUUUUGUAAUUUUCGCUGUCUUGUCGAGGGCCUUCCAUUACCUCAUUUUCAUUUCUCUGUUACAUUUCGUCGAUGGACCGGCAAAAUUUUGUAAUUUUUGUUAUUUUCGCUGUUUUCGUAACAACUGUGCAAAAUUUUGGGGUUUCUCUAAAUUUUGUGGCUAAGUUCCACCGCGGAUUUAUCUCCGCUACUUUGGACAAGAGGGUAGGCCCUUAUUCGGGGAAGAGCACUUAUUGAUCGCUAUUUGGUAGUCUUCGUUGUAUUUGUUAUAAUCUUCAAGUGACCCAUCUUUCGUUAGUAAAUUGUUCUAAGGUGUAUAAGUACAUAGCGAGCAUUCAGGAGUCUAUUGUGUAGUUGUGAACAAGAAACGCGGUUCAGAAAUAUUUUCUUUUUUAAUCAUCCUAGUACAAGAAGCAAGCCCUGAUUCAAAGGCAGAGAGCUGAGAAGGCAAAGGUAAGUUCAGUGGGAUAUAUGGUGCAGUGUGAACUUGUGUAUUUUUACAAAGCAAUAGAAAAUAAGAAAAACGUCACUCUAGGGCUGGCCUGGAAAUGCCAUAUUGUUAACGACUUGCACAUAGAUUAAACUCAGCAGACGCCUGUUAAGUAUGAGUUGCAAAAUCGUAAGGUCAUUUCUCUGAUAUAUAACCUGCACUGAGAUUUUUGUUGUUGGUAGCUUACGUAUCUAAAAGGAAUUAAACACGUGGAGCCCCCCUUGCUCGUUUAGGAGAAGCGGCACAUUGCGUAUAGCUAGUGCAUAUUUCCCUUACAAUAACGAUAUGAUUAUACUUACGAGUACAAGUUUUAACACUUUUCCGACGGCUGCUUCUUUCUUGGCACGAGGAAAUGUUUCAUAUUUCUUCUCUUUUUUUAUUUGCACCCAUUUAUCACACGUGAAACGCGAAGGAAUAGUAAAAAAUAAUUUUCAUUGUACACUUGGAGAGCCAACUUACCAUGGAACGCCCCGGAGGACGUAUUUUCAGUUCUCAAUUAUUAUCGAAAGUAUUCAUAGAGGUACAGAUAGUAAAGUUGUAGAGAAGGAGAGAAACAACACCUUUUGCUGUUUAUUGGCAGAAAAUAUCCAUUCAUUCGUGGGAGUAGCUGGUCCAAUAGUGUAAGGUAUAAUUAAGAUUGCUCUCUGACUAAUGGAUUUAAAAAAAUACAGGCGUCGAGAGGCCUUCUACACGAGGCUGCUAUCAAGGGACAGUUCGAAACAAUCAAAUUACUUCUUGAAAGUGGUGAAGAUGUGGAUAAAGAAGAUCAGGUUUGUGUCUUGUACAGUUUAAUAUGUUAAUUUAAUUUUAAGCCCGCUUCUCACGAGAAAUCCUCGGAUAAAUGACCUUCGAGCCUUAUGAAAGACGUUAACGCAUUGUGCGUAUGCGUUAUUAUAACACGUGUUAUGUUGGAAUGCCGUUGCCCGGAUAUGAGACUCGAACAAGACUCGUCUGCGUCCUAUUUUAAAGAUGCCGUCCUAAUUCAGAAGCGUCUUUUGUAGGACGUGUUUUAUUGUUCUUAGUAUACGUCAGCGGUCGUGUUCAUAGCGCGAAGACGUGUCUUUUUCGGGCUCUUCCAAUUUGAAGCUUUCAUUCAUCAUCAUCAUGUCCCAGUUACUGGAGGCUUUAAUUCUCACCAUGACUCUGUUAAACCCCUUUGCCACUCGCCUCUUCUUGACCGCCUGAAGCGUCAUCUUGAAUUGGCCUCUUCUAGAAGUGCAGGUUAUCUGUCCUUCAAGUUAAUUUUUUACCCGAACUCUGAUUCUACCUCUCAACUGACGAGAUUAACUACUAGUAGCGACAGUAGCUUGAAUCCUGGCCCAGAAAGAUGCUCUGUUUGUGGGAAUUCCGUCGCUCGAAACCAUCGUUCCCCAUCCUGCGACUCCUGCGAACUUUAGUGCCACAUCAAGUGCGGCCUACUCACACCAAGGGAGUUUAAAAGGUUUUAAUCACUCGAAAACCUCAACUGAAUUUUCCCCGUUUGUCUUGGCUUGUCUUCCUCUGUGCCUAUUGGCCAUAAUUCUAAUUGGUUUAUUUUUAACUUGAGUGCACACUCAUCGACAUGUCAGAAGAUUCAAAACGUCCUCGACCUUGUCCUUAAAUCGACACCUGUUUUAGUCAGCUACGUCAGCUGUUGGCCAAGUUGCUGUAAUUAUUAAUGGACAGUGACCUGCAACAGUGCAAUUGGGCUCAAUUUUAGUGUUUUAGAAUGACACAUAACUCCGCAUCCCCGCGUGAUCAACAAUGUGCUCUAUAGAGGAGUACAAAGGAUUGCCCACAACCACUCACCCUGUCCUGAAUUGAUAAUUACUCAGUCAAGUAAAAAACUCAUAUUAAAUAAUUGAUUAACAACACUUCUCGGGUAAGGACAUAAGAAUUCUAUUUGUUAACAAAUAUUUCUUAUAUAACUACGUUUUUUGUCCUCUUUUCUGUAGUUUUCUUUGACGCCUCUUCAUCUUGCCUGUUGGUAUGGACAGGAAUCAGUCGUCAAACUGUUUUUAGAACACGGUGCGAACGUCAACGCUAAGGACAGGGUGAGUCAGUGAACUUUCUUCAGUUGAACAAUAUAGUGCAAUGAAGGGGUGGGGCAAUGGAGGUUGUUGUUUGUCCAGCUUUACUGAUUGACACAGGAAUCUCUUUAUGUUGGCCAAUUAUUAAAUUUACCCUAGCAAAAGUAUUGAUACAACCGCCUAUUUUACUAUGGUACAUAGCACAUUUGUGUUAUUCCAAUGGCAAUUUGUUGGUUAAGUUUUUUUUGUGCUAACACACAUGUUUUUAUUUGUUGUUCACCAAGAAAAAAUGGGUGGUAGAAAUCUUUGAUUUAAAAACAGUAUCGGAGAAGAAUAAAAUUAAACCGUAAGCUUGAGAAAAAAACUUUCGAAUUUUUUCCAUUAUUUUUUUGUUUUUGAUACAUUCACAUAUUACAAAUAUAUUACUUAUUACGAACUUUUCAGUGUCCAGUUUCCCUUUAAUCAGUUUCUUCGUGUUCGGGAUCAGACCCAAAAUUAUUGUCCUAAACAGCAACAAAAACAACAACUUGCAUAAUUAGUGUGGCUGAAAAGGGGAAAGUUGGUCGCAAAGUGCUCAACUGAAUCUUAAAAGGUCGGCCCCAUUUACUCCUGGAUUUUUGUGAGCUAAAAAGAACUGACCACCAGGGUGGUACACAUACCGGUAUGGAGGAGGGAGUUUGGCCUAUUCCAAGCCGACUGUGACCGUUCCGGGGUAAAUAUGGAAGGUGCACAGACCGCAAUAGGGGAUGGAGUUGGGCCUCCCCUUAGCGUCGGCUGUGACCAAUCGUGUGCCUCUCGAGGGCCCCCACUAUUAAACCUAAAUGUAUAUUCCAGGGGUACAAAAUGUCGAGUCUAUGGGGCAAAAGUGUGAUGAGAGGAGCACUUUAUCCCAAUUUCCACCUUUUUUGAAAAACACAACUGUCUUCAGAGUAGAAGUACAAGAUAGAGACAACCAAAUUGACUAAUUAAAUGUCAUAUCAGUGCAUCAGGUUGAAACUCUAAACCGAAAGGGACAUCCACGUGUUGACGCAGAAAUUGAUUACUAUAGUGGGUGGGAUGGAAGGGAAAAGAAAACAGAGUGACAAAGCAUAUCAUGGGAGUGUAAACUAAGGAACAUGGCAAAGUGCCAUGUAAUUGGUCAAAUAAACAACGAAUAGUUCAUGGGGUUCAGUUCACGUGAGGUUGCACGUGAAAAUAACUGGACAAAGGACAAAGCUCAACGAAGAGUUGUUAAAUAACUAAAAUUUAUUUCCGGUGAUCAGUAAAUUAUGAUCUCUCAGAACACGUUUUGAUUUGAACGUUUCAUUGCACUAGAAUUUGCUCUAAUCCCAACUGCGAAAUCGGCCUCUAACUCUUACCUAUAUCACCCUUUACGUUACGUUGUGUAGACAAAGCGGAGAUAUGCAGUUAUGUAGAAUUACCGUUGUUAAAAUGUUUCUAUGAUAAAUAGUCAAAAGUGGGUAACACAAUUAACUCUGCUUCGAUAUAAUGUUUUUAGUUUCAGCGUACUCCUCUGCAAAAAGCCGAACGUCAAAACCACCAUUCCAUAGUGCAGUUGCUUCUGAAGAAUGAUGCCAGGCCGUGUCUUCAUCAACCAGUAAGUUAUGGCAGAUUGUGCCCGAAAAACUGUCUCACAUUUCUGCGUCAACUUAUGAGGUCAUAGACUUGUAACGACAACAACCGCUACCACCACUUCAUUUUGUGUAGAACACGUAUAUCUGCAAUAUGAAUACAGGGCAACCCGUGCAAAAAUCUACUUACAUGUAGUAUAAAAUGGAUUUCCUCUUUAUCACUUUCUCUUAUAAACUUGGUCAUUUUUUAACAGGUCAGUCUAAAAAAACUCUCAAGGAAAGCUUUCACGCAAUUGGAUAAAAAGGCUGGAUUUAAUCUACUCCAGGCGGCUGUCUUAGAGGAAGAAUAUGACAUUGUUUUAAAAGUUCAAGGACUUCCAAGUUAUAAAAGUAUCAAAAGACUUUAUAAUGAGUGUGCUAAGGACAACAGUAGACAGACUAAGCUGCAGUGGGCUACAUGUAAUGAUGAUGCGGAACAAGCUGUUGAGCUUGUAUUAAAUGACGGUGUAGAUAUUAAUGCCCGAGCGUCAGAUAAUGAUUACACAGUUUUGAUGCAGGCGAGUCGUUCAUCCUCAAGUCAGUUCAUUGAGACCCUCAUUGAUCUUGGGGCCGACAUAAAUAUCCAAAGAAAAAAGAGUAAAAAAACACCAUUAAAAUUAGCGGCUGAUUGGAACAACUAUAUGGCAGUGUGCUUGCUAGUAAGGCACGGAGCUUAUGUAGAUGUUCAGGACAGUUUUGGAUUCACACCACUACACAUUUCAGUCAGAAGAGGUGGCGAAAAUCUUAUCAAAUUACUACUUGCAAACAAAGUAGAAGUAAAUAUUCAAGCUAAAGAUGGAUGUACACCUUUGCACCGGUGUGCCGAAGAGGGUAACGAAAACCUCUGUAGAUUGUUACUUGAACACAACGCGGAUGUAAAUAUUCAAGAUGCAGAUGGAUAUACACCCUUGCACUUGUGUGCCAGAGAGGGUAACGAAAACCUCUGUAGAUUGUUACUUGAACACAACGCGGAUGUAAAUAUUCAAGAUAAUCGUGGAUGUACACCCUUGCACCGGUGUGCUAGAGAGGGUAACGAAAACCUCUGUAGAUUGUUACUUGAACACAACGCGGAUGUAAAUAUUCAAGAUAAUCGUGGAUGUACACCCUUGCACCGGUGUGCUAGAGAGGGUAACGAAAACCUCUGUAGAUUGUUACUUGAACACAACGCGGAUGUAAAUAUUCAAGAUAAUCGUGGAUGUACACCUUUGCACCGGUGUGCCGAAGAGGGUAACGAAAACCUCUGUAGAUUGUUACUUGAACACAACGCGGAUGUAAAUAUUGAAGAUAAAUGGGGAUGUACACCCUUGCACCGGUGUGCUCAAGAGGGUACAAAAGAAAACCUCUGUAGAUUGUUACUUGAACACAACGCGGAUGUAAAUAUUCAAGAUAAUCGUGGAUGUACACCUUUGCACCGGUGUGCCGAAGAGGGUAACGAAAACAUCUGUAGAUUGUUACUUGAACACAAUGCGGAUGUAAAUAUUCAAGAUGCAGAUGGAUAUACACCUUUGCACUGGUGUGCCAGAAAGGGUAACGAAACCCUCUGUAGAUUGUUGCUUGAACAAAACGCGGAUGUAAAUAUUCAAGAAAAACACGGAUUUACACCCUUGCACUGGUGUGCCCUUACGGGUUACAAAAACCUCUGUAGAUUGUUACUCGAACACAACGCAGAUGUAAAUAUUCAAGGUAAAGAUGGCUCUACCCCGCUGCACCUGUCAGCUCGUAGAAAAAGAGAUUGCAGUAAGAUAAUCGAUCUCCUGGUGAAGUAUGGGGUACAAAACAUAAACAUCCAUGAUGCAGAAGGUUUGACUCCUCUUCAAGUGGCCCAGAGACAUGGUAACUCGCAAGCUGUGAUGAAGCUUGUUGACCUUGAAGCUGAUAUUAGUGUGGUUACAGCUGAUGAAAAGGAUACCUGA